AUGACGACAGUAGAGUCGGAGUUCCAGUUCUCAUUCGGUGCUAAGGGUUCCGUGUGUAGGCUAACAGUGCCGGUGUCGAUUCCCAUGUCAGUUAGCGUCGGAGAUUUAGUAGGAAGGCUGGUGAACGCCCACAAUUUACCUUGCUAUGUGGAAAAAGAUCUCCACAAUGCACUGGAGAAAUUUAUAUCGGAAGAAACUACUAAAUACCAUGAUGACAAUGCCGCAGACUUGAUUAGUAAGAUAGAAGAUGGAAGUAUUGAUAUUGGACAGAUGGCUGAUAAAUGGAAUACUGCAUUUACACAGGAACAUAAAUCCUAUGCCACUGCAAAACAGUCAAAUGAUGAAGUAGCAUUUGGUGAAGUCUACCAUCAACUGAUUCAUUCCGCUGCAUUGGACACGCUAUUAAACCUGGACCACUCGUAUGCUGCCGCAGUGGAGGAAAUUAUAACGCAUAGAGAUAUGGACCUCACUAAGCUACAAAAAAGGCAAAGAGAAAAAAUGGAAGAUGCUGUUAAGAGACUAGGCACGACUUAUACUGAUGAACAAGUUAAUUUAUUGGCAGCUAAACAUUUUGAAGAUACGCAGGUAAAAAUGUAUACAAUUGAAUAUAGUCAUGGUGCAGGUGCCCAGAUGAAAACCAUGCAUAAUUUAAGACUGAUGUGUGUUGAUGUGUUGGAUCUUUGUCGACACAAAACUCUUAUUGUGGGGUAAGUUUUCUCUCAGCGACUACAAACCGCUAUGUCACUGUAUUCUAAUUCAAUAAGUGGUCUAGUACUUUUGGUUGAUGACAGAAUAAAUUCAUAUACUGGAAUUAAACUAGAUUUUGCUGGUGUUUGUCAGCUUUCGACUGAUUUUCAUUUUCCCGAUCUUGACACGCAACUUCGAGUUAUACAACAACAUGUAUUAGAGGCAAAUAAAAACAGGACAAAGAAAGAUAUUCAAGGAGGCAACAGGAAUUAUAUUAUAUAACAAAGGGCAAGGUCACCAGAGUUCAACUAUGUUAUUUUUCAAUUCUUUGUAGGUGAUUUUUACAUCACUCGUCAUUCCAGCUUGGCUGAAAUUCACACAGUUUUUCACCUGGUUGUUGAUGAGAAUAUCCGGUCAUCUGAGAUCUCUUCCAGACAUCCCACUAUUAUUGGUCUACGUAAUGUAUUAAAAUGUGCAUCACAACAUGAUGUAUUGAACAUGACUAUUCCACUCUUCCUUGUUUAUGAAAUGUCAGAGGAGAUGACAAUAGCGUGGUGUUUAAAGAGAGCUGAAUUGGUCUUCAAAUGUGUCAAAGGUUUCAUGAUGGAAAUGACAACAUGGGGUGGCAACGACUCAAGAACAAUACAGUUUGUUGUUCCCAAGUCUAUAUCUGAAGACUUAUUCAUGCAGCUAAGUUCUAUGCUACCACAGAUAUUCAGGAUUUCCUCAACAGUGAAUUUAACAAGACAGAAAUAA